GAAAACCUUUUUGCUAGCAGCAGCCGCAGCCGCAGCUACCCACAAACACAUUGUUCCUCUCCUUCCACCAACAACAUCUAAUCACUUUCUCAUGAUCAAUCUUAGAAGCUUAUGAGAAGAAAGAAGAUUAUUUGUUACAUUCACUAUCAUCUCAAAUCAAGCUUAUGAGCCUGGAGUUUAACUACAUAAAGAUUCAUUGUAGGGAUCUGAUGCAAUUCCUUGAUCAUGAUGUUUUUAAUUUCUUGUCGUCAUCUACAAUCACCUUUCUUUGGAGGAUUAUUGGUGACAACAUCGUUCUAAUUUUCUAUUUCCACUUCAACUCAAGUGUGAUUUCUUUGAUUAAAAAAGUGAGAAAUUCUGACAGAAUGGGCUGUUUUAGAGGAUGGAUUCGCAAAAAAGGACAUUCAAGGCAUCUGCUGUAUAAGAGAAAACAUAGAUACACAUUGGGUUCAAGCCUAAUCAACUCAAGCAGGCAAAUCAGAUAAACUUUAUUCAAAACACAGCCCUAUCCACCCAAGAUGAGCAGGAAUGAGUCACAGAAAUACAAAGUGCUGCCAAAAGGACAUUCUCGCCUUUGUGUGUUAUCUGGGCAAACAGAAACUGAUGAGAAUGUUGUUGAAGAAUUUUGUAACGAGAUAUAAAAGGUUUAGUACUAAGUUCACCCAUGAGCAAAGGAAGAAGAUGUUGGAUUUUGCUAUGACAUCAGGUUGGAAGAUUAAAAAUAAUUAUCAGAAUGUUGUUGAAGAAUUUUGUAACGAGAUAUAAAAGGUUUAGUACUAAGUUCACCCAUGAGCAAAGGAAGAAGAUGUUGGAUUUUGCAAUGACAUUAGGUUGGAAGAUUAAAAAUAAUGAUGAGAAUGUUGUUGAACAAUUUUGUAACGAGAUAUAAAAGGUUUAGUACUAAGUUCACCCAUGAGCAAAGGAAGAAGAUGUUGGAUUUUGCAAUGACAUUAGGUUGGAAGAUUAAAAAUAAUGAUGAGAAUGUUGUUGAAAAAAUUUGUAACGAGAUAUAAAAGAUUUAGUACUAAGUUCACCCAUGAGCAAAGGAAGAAGGUGUUGGAUUUUGCUAUGAUAUUAGGUUGGAAGAUUAAAACUAAUUAUCAGAAUGUUGUUGAGGAGUUUUGUAACAAUAUAGUGGUGAAGUGUCAUGUUUUUAAGGUUUGCAUCGAUGUAUGAAAAUAAGCAUACACCCAUGGAAAAAAUUAGAUAAUUAAGAGUCCUUGUAACAAUUUGUAAUCCAAUAAUGUUUUCUAAUGAUGAACGUUCUGGUUGAUCUUGAGACAAGAGGAUUAAUUGGUUUAGAGA